AUGGCAGACAUGGCCAAUGAAGAUGAGCGCGAGCGUCUCAAGGCUGCUCUCUGGUUCGCGGUCGGCAAGAUCGUCGACGAGGAGUCCAUCAAACAAGGCUGCAACGCCACGCCGCAAUUCAUCGGCGCGCUCACCGAGAUGGUGUGGGCCCAGAUUGAAUCUGUUGCUGUCGAUCUGGAGAGCUUUAGCCGGCAUGCACGGAGAUCCACGGUGACCACGGACGAUGUGGUCCUCCUGGCGCGGAAGAACCCUGAUUUGCUAGAUAUUGUUCGCGAUUUCAUCGAUCGGAAGAAGGCGGAUAAGCAAAAGAAGGGCAAGAGCAAGGAAAAGCGGUGA